AUGGCUACUGAAUUGUCUGAUGCUGAGAAACGUAAAUUGUUGAGGGAAAGAAGGCAACAGAAGUUUUCCAACGGAGGUGCUUCCAGCAGGUUGAACAAGAUCACUGGUCAACAGCAGAAUAGCUUUUUGUCUUCAACAUCUGUUCUUGAUGAGCCAAAAGUUACUCCGUCAGGUAACAAGAAAUCAUCCAAUGUGAGUGACGAAGAAGUUGAAAAGUCUACCAAAGAGAUUCAAGAUUUACUUUCUAGUAUUCCCGGUAACAAGGACAAUUCUGAAACUGAUGCCGCUGAAACGAAUCCUGAGGUUGCCCUUUUCCAACAGUUGCUUAAGAUGCAACAACAAGGUGGAGGAUUCCAAAAUGGAUCACCAGAUGCCAGUACACCGGACCUUUUCAGUUCUUUGCUAAACAACGAUACGAAUACUACUGCUUCUGCUACACAGAUGCUCCCUAAUUUUGUUGAUGAGAAAGUCUUGAAGUAUUACAAGUUCAAAGUGUCCAAAUUGAAAUCCUACAUCAUUUUAAUAAAAUGGGCUCUUCUUGCACCAUACGUCUACUUUAUCAUGCAUCCCAAUCCCACUGUUCUUCAAGCUUCCAACUUGUUAUCCCAAAUAGUGGAAAGAUCGAACUUCUUCUCCAUCUUUACCGGACUAGAAAUAGUAUUCAUCUCUAUCUACUAUCAAAUGUUGAAGAAACUUCAAAGAGAUAACAAUGUUACGGCCACCCAAAACGCAGGAGGCAUUUUGAAGUAUCUGACAAUGAUACCAGAAGGCAUUUUACCUAUUAGGAACAUUCAAGGAAAGAUCGGUCUUGCAUUAGAGUAUUUUGACGUAGCGUCAAUGUACGUGACAGAUAUAUGCUUUGUUCUUGUGUUAUUCGGUGUCAUGAAAUAUUAUCAUUCGUCAUUCCCUAUUUCAGUUCCAAUAGAACCACCGAUUGCAGGGAUUCAAUAG